AUGGAUGGUAGGCGCCUACAAUCUGAAAGUACGACAAUCUUUGUGUGUGAUUUAGAGAUUUGGUGUUGUACAAUCAAGCUCUAUGCUACUCCCCCACUUCGACUAGCAUGGCCGUCCACAAAUUCCCUAUGUUGCGUUCUCCCAGUUACUUUUUGCUUAUCGUCUUCUUAUUUUGUUCAACAUCGUUGUUUCCUGAUGCAGUCAUCUAACAAUAUGCUUUUUCUUUUAACUUCUAUCUUUUUGAUCAAUUCUGCAAGACUUCAACUUCAAAAAAGAGAGGAUGAUAUUGGCUGGAAACACGGCAAAAGAGUUGAAGGAAAUACAAACUGGGUGUUGUGGAAUUAUUGUCCAAAUGUUGCCAAAGGUGGGAUUACAAGACAUAAACAUCACCUUGCUGGUGAUUCCACUUCAGUUUGUAAAUGUCUUAGAGCUCCACUAGAUGUUAGGAAACUUUUUAAAAACAUUUUUGAGAAACAAAAACAAGACAAAGUUGAAAGGAAUCGCAUUCCUCUCUUUGAUGAUGAUGUGGUGGAUAUAAAUGAUGAAGAUGAAGAAGAAGCUGGUGAGGUUCCUUUCUCGUUAGGCAAGAGGGCUAUUUCGUCCUCCAAGUCAACCCUACACCACAAGAAAGUAAAAGGCGCUUUGGAUACUUAUUUCAGGCCAUCCAAUGAAACAGGGAAGAAGAAGGGGUACUUGGUGGGAACCCCCGAACAUAUCCAACUUCACAAAAAACUAAGAGGUGAAGCGGUUCAGAAGUUCGCUCUUUGGAUGUAUGAUGCAGGUCUUGCAUUCAACGCGGUGAAGUAUGAUAGUUUAGGGCCCGCACUUGAAGCCAUUACUAUACAUGGUCCCGGUAUGAAACCCCCUAGCUACCAUGAGGUACGUGUUCCCCUGUUGAAGCUAGAGAAGGAGCACACAAAGAAACUUUUGAUACUUAAUGAGACCGAGAAGAAGGCAAUCGGGUGUUCUUUGAUGGCUGAUGGUUGGAGGGACCGGAAAGGAAGAGCACUAAUCAACUUCUUAGUGAAUACUCCACGAGGAAGUAUGUUUCUAGAAUCUGUAGAUGCAUCUUUCUAUUCUCAUACAGACAUCUUCAAAGUGACUCAUCUUAAGAAGACACUAGACAAAGCAAUUGCGGUUAACACUUACAUUUACAACCGUACAUUGCUCUUGAAUAUGUUGAGAGACUUUACGGGUCAAAGAGAUAUGAUUAGGCCCACAAAGACCCGAUUUGCAACCGCCCUCUUAACUCUGAAUUGCUUUAGGAGUCAUAAGGCAAGUUUGAAGAAGCUGUUCACGUCUGAAGCGUGGAACAAAAGCAGGUUCAAAGGGGAGGAGGGAGGAACUCAAUGUGUUGCAACUAUUUUUUCACCUAGUUUUUGGAUUAACAUUGACAUUGCUGUCAAAGUUGGUGAACCAUUACUAGCGGUGCUUCGAUUGGUAGAUAGUGAAAGAAAGCCGGCUAUGGGGUAA